AUGUCUUCACUGCUGAAAAAGAAUUUCAAACUCGGCUGCAUUCAGCUUGCGGCAGGUAGCGAUAAACAGAAGAACCUGUCUCAUGCACGAGAGAAGAUCCUCGAAGCCGCCAAAGCUGGUGCACAAGUGAUUGUUCUGCCAGAGUGCUUCAAUUCUCCUUACGGCUGCCAGUACUUCCCAGACUAUGCCGAACCUAUCGAACCCUCUCCUCCAAAGAAAGAGGACGCUCCGUCAUGGCAUAUGUUAUCCGAAGCAGCGGCAGAAACCAAGACAUACAUUGUGGGUGCAAGUAUCCCAGAGUUGGAACCAGACACGAAAAAGUACUAUAACACUGCCUUUGUCUUCGAUCUAGAAGGAAAGCUGCUAGCUACACACAGAAAGAUCCACUUGUUCGACAUCGAUAUUCCAGGCAAGAUCGAGUUCCACGAGAGCGACGUGCUUUCACCUGGAAACAAAAUCACUAUCGUCGAUCUCCCAGAAUACGGCAAGAUCGCACUUGCUAUCUGCUACGAUGUGCGCUUCCCUGAAUUGGCCAUGAUAGCUGCAAGAAAAGGCGCUUUCCUGCUUGUUUAUCCAGGUGCUUUCAAUACCACAACCGGUCCUAUGCACUGGUCCUUGUUGGUAAGAGCUCGCGCUGUGGACAACCAGGUCUAUGUCGCAAUGUGCAGUCCUGCUCAGGAUAUGGAUGCCACGUACCAUGCUUGGGGUCACUCCAUGAUCGUGGAUCCGAACGCUGAUAUUAUGGAUGAGAUGCAAGAGAAAGAAGGUAUCAUUUAUGCCGACAUCGACGGUGCUAGAAUCGACGAGGUCAGAAAGGGUAUUCCGGUCUAUCAGCAGAGAAGAUUCGAUGUCUAUCCGGAUGUUAGUGCUGGAAAGGUUCGAUUUGAAGAGUAA